AUGGAGACCAGCAUGGAGAUGGACACAACCAAUCGUCCGGAUGAGUGGAUAAUUGAACAGGGUAUGGCCGGCCACAAGCUACCUAUCCUCGAUCAGAGUGGCAGCGAUACUAUUAACCUGUAUCCACCUAACCCGACCAAGUUGAUGAAGGAUGAAGAUGCGAUUCGCUCAGUCGGCGAUCGCGACAAACUGUUCGCUCGUGAGCGACCAGGCUGGAAAGGGUAUGUCGAGUGGGAGAACUACCCUGAGAAGAAGUCCAAGGCCCAUAAGAUCCUGACCUCUCAGACUUUCCCGGGCUGCCCCGACUUCAUGUUUGGACCUAUUCCUCCAACCAACCCUGUGCUUUCCGGUGAUGAUUUCAAGGCCUGGCAUGCAGCCAUCGGGGGAGGGAUGACCACUGUUGCCGAUGACUCUUGGCGGACGGUGCUGCGUGAGAAGCAUCCCGAUAUGCUGCAUCUUCUUCAGUUCCCUUACAACGGAGAACCUCCCAAGCGCCUGGUGACUUCCAAGGCAAUCACGCCAAACCCUCUCCAUUUCGUGCGGAACCACGGCGGUAUCCCUUAUAUUGAGAAGGACAAGUUUGAAUUGUCUCUUGAUGGACUCGUCGCGCACCCAAAGAAAUAUAAUUUGGAUGACCUCAUGGACGAGAACAGGUUCCCUCGCAUGGAAAAGACUGUGACCAUGCAGUGCUCUGGAACCCGUCGUAUUGAACAGAUUGCUCUCUAUGGUGGUCAAGGCGACGAAGUUCCCCAGGCUCCCUGGGCCGAGGGUGCCAUUGGCACCGCGCGAUACGUCGGCAUCAGUUUGAAAAAGGUGAUCAAAGACUGCGGUGGUCUGCUCAAGCCGGCAAAGCACCUUGAGUUGUACGGCGUGGACACCUACGUCAAGGAUCUGGAAGUUGGGAACUAUGUUGUCAGCGUCCCUUGGUCCAAGGUCAAAGCCAACGAGGUCAUUCUGGCUUGGGAGAUGAAUGGCGAGCCUUUGCCCAAGAUCCACGGAUACCCUCUCCGAGUCGUCGUUCUUGGAUACAUCGGUGCUCGCAGCGUCAAGUGGCUUUACCGGAUCAAGGCCAUCGAGAACCCUUCGCGCGCACCCGUUCAGGCGAGAGAAUACCUGUACUUCAACCAGCAGAUUGGCAAGUACAACCAGCGUCCGACCGACGGCAUUCAGAUUCAAGAGAUGCCCGUUAGCUCUGCGAUCAUGUCACCGUGGACCAAGCAAGCUAUCAUCCAUUCGGGUAAGAUCCGCUGCAAGGGAUGGGCUUAUUCCGGUGGUGGACGCUGGCCCGAGCGCGUUGAGCUUUCGGCCGAUGGAGGUUUCUCAUGGUAUUCAGUGCCACCCGAGAACUUGUCGAAGAAAGGCAAAUGGACCUGGCGCACUUGGGAGUACGAUCUGCCGUGCGAUGUGGAAGGUUGGAUUGAGAUUGUCUGUCGAUGCUGGGACAACUCUCUUAACACACAACCGCUGAAUGUCCGCGCAGCCUGGAAUUGGGGUCUUCAUGUCACGUCUUCGGCUCACCGUAUCAAGAUCUACAGUGUCAACAAGACUAGAGAGGUUACCAGGAAGCGUCUGGACAAAUAUGAGCAGUUGGGAAUUCCUUUGGCACCGCUCACUCGCUACGAGACUGUGCCAGGUCAAACAGCGGAGGAGUAUGAAAAAUAUUGGAAGGAGCACGACCCUCGCGAUGUGGAUGAAUGA